GAAGUGUCAUAUGAUCGCGUUCGGGCGACCGGGUUAGGGAGGCUGUUUUGCUUGUUUCCCUCUGGAGUUCUUUGCCACCCGAAGGACGCUUCGUCAGGAUGCUGUACUUCAAGCUGCUGUGGGCCCUGGCUGCCCUCGUCGUUUGUGCACGAGCAACUGGGACUUUCGUGGUUCUGUACGCCCCGGAUAACGUGCGUUUCGAGAGUAAAAAUAAGCUCAACCAGAGCGAAGUUAAAGAGGUGCUGGCUGCGGCGCUUUCGUAUCCUGCCUACGGGAUCGAAUGGGAUGGUCUGAGCUACAAGGUUCUGUCAAAGCUGCCCAACGCUGCGGUUGCUGUCGUCGUUGAUGGUGUCGAUUCUUUGGAGGGCAUUCAUGGCAAGAAGUUCCACCUGAAACCUCAAUACGAAAAUGAGGAGUACACCUGGCAAGCUUUGAGCAAGAGGCUCGAAAAGGGGAAUAAUUACCAAGUCAGGCUCAAUCUCAACGAUGGUGUUGGUGUUUUGGGUCAAUCAGCCCUUGGAGAACUCAAGCCAAAUCCACCCAAUCAGUUGCAUCCAAAAGCUUUAAAUCUGACGGUCAAAGCUGAUGAAAAAUUCCUGGAAGAACUGCAGCUGCUUCAUGCCAUAGCUGACAAAAUUAAAACAAAGGACAAAGUUGAUGUCAGUGCUGAUCUUUACUGGUUUGUUGUUUCGGGCCUCAAACCAGUGGUUGACAUGUAUGGCAGCGAUUCCGAAAAAGCCAAAGAAGCUAUUACUCUGUUGGAUGAAACUCUUCAAGCUCUCAGCAAAGUUUUUAGGGAUGUUUAUGAUGAUAGCGUUUUGAUUACUGCCUUUACAAAUCACGUCCACUCAUCCAAUGUAAGGAGAAAGAGAGAUGUUCCAAUAACAUCAGAUGGACAGAAGAAGGAAGAGGAAUCAAAUGCAAAUAAAGAGGAAAUGAGCACUGGUGCUCCAAGUAAAAUAAAUGAAGAAGAGUAUACAGGAGAAAAGUCUGAGAAAAAUAGGGAAAACAAAACCCAUAAUGGCAAACACACUGAGGAUGAGAAUGGAAACAAUACAAAUGAACACACUGAUAAUGCCACACAAACUGAAAACACUUUGUCAAGCAUAGAUGACAAUGAUUUUACAUACUAUUACAAUGAAUCCUCAGAGUCUUACAAUGAGAACUUGGCUGAACAAUACUCAGAAGAUUUCCCUGUUAUUUUCAACAUCAUCCUUUGGUUCAUGGUUAUAUUCUUGUUCUCCCUUCUCGCGAUUUGCAUUUUCAUUGCCGAGAUGGAUCCAGGUCGUGAUUCAAUCAUCUACAGAAUGACUUCCAACAGAAUGAAGAAAGAUAAUUAAACUUUCAAAGCAAUACAUGAGGGACGCUAACUUAAAACAUUUCUAAUCCGACGUGAAAUUUUUUCAAAUUGUUUUCGCGGGAUUUGUUAAUUGAUCUCAUGGAAAGCAAUUUGAUGUAAAUAUGCAUCAAUCAUGUUAUGGUAAAAAAAAAACGAGACACAAAAAUACAUAAUUACAAAGUGAGGUAGAAACCACGAAGGUGAAUGAAAAUGUUGGUAGAUCGAAAUUUUUCUGUAUUUAUAACACCCUCAAGAGACAUAUCUUUGUUGAGUUUCGAAUGUUCAUUCCAUCAUGUCUCUGGCAAGGGUACAGUCUUAGCUUUAAGUGUACUUGAGUUCUGUAAUUAUAUACAUUGCGAGAAUGACGUGUAUAUUCAGUAUUUCUAAGAGAUUGUCGAGAAACUUUAUCGAAAACUCCACGCAAAUCUGUUGAAAAAAAGUAGACCUGUUUAACCACAUUGUAUGUACAUGUGUAAAUUCAUCGUGUAAUGAUAUAAUCUGUUGAUUAGUGUUGA